AUGCCUAAAAACAAAGGAAAAGGUGGUAAGAAUCGUCGUCGUGGUAAAAAUGAAAACGAUGAUGUUAAACGUGAAUUAAUUCUUCGAGAAGAAGGACAAUCUUAUGCUCAAGUAACACGUAUCUUGGGUAAUGGUCAUCUGGAAGCUUUCUGUUUCGAUACUGCAGGUGGAAAGAAACGAUUAUGUCAUAUUCGUGGUAAAUUACGAAAAAAACAAUGGAUUAAUCAAGGAGAUGUUAUUCUUGUUGGAUUACGAGAUUAUCAAGAUGAUAAAGCUGAUGUUAUCAUGAAAUAUCAUGCUGAUGAAGCACGUGAAUUGAAACGUAUGCGUGAAAUUCCAGAUAAUAUUAAUAUUACUGAAACAUCAAAUAGUACAAAUGAAGGAUUAGAAGACGUCGUUUUCGAUGAAAGAUAUAAUGACGAAGAAUCAAGUGAUGAUGAAAAAGGAUUACCAAAUAAUAUUGGAGAUAAAAAAGGUGGUGGUAAUGAAAGUUCAUCAGAAGAAGAAUCAGAAGAUGAUGAAGAUAGUUUUUAUAAUCCAAAUCGAAUGCCAAAAAAGACUGGAAAUUUAAAUGCACGAAAUUUAAUCGGAACGAAGAAAGAUAGUGGUAAAGGUGCACGCAAUGAUCGACGAGAAGCAAUUUCAGGAUCGGACUCAGACGUCAAUGAUGAGCUCGCACACAUCUAA